AUGACAAAUAAAAAAAAGAGGUAUAUUAUCAAUAAGUCAACCCCUACUUCUCCAAUAAAUCAAUCUCUAUUUAACACAACGGCAGCAACAAAUGUAGUAAGCCCCUCAAUCAGAGUUAAUGUGAGGAAUCCAGAGAGUCAGUCAAGUAAAAGAUCUUUUGUAUGUUUGAAAGCAUAUGAGAGAUUUGAUCCUACUACAAUGAUACCUAAUUCGCUUGAUGAGGAUUUAAUUGAAGGAGUUGAUGCGUUUAUGAAUGUUAAAAAGAAUGUGGAGAUGAAUCUACGUUCUAAGGAUUUGAUGAAACCAAGAGUUGAUCUUUCUGGAUAAGUGCUAAAUAGAAGUGUAUUGGGCUCAACUGAGUACUACAGUGAAAUUUAUGAUAGGAAAUAAAAAGAACGAAUGAUAGCUUCUAAUACACUUCACAAUAAUAAUAGUAAUCAUCCUCUAUCACCCAAUGACAAUAAUUAUGGUAUAAUGAGUAGUUCAGGAGGCCCAUAGAUCGAUUGGUUGUCCCCAAGUAACUUGAGGACUCCAUCUGCAAAUGCAUAAAGAUUAAGAUCUAGAGGAGGUGAUGUAACUAGCCAUCAUAAGGUAUCAUUCGCUGCAAUUCUAGGAAGAGGAAGCGUUGUAAGUAGCCACAAUACAUCCAAAAAUAAGAAGGGUUCGGAUACUCCGAAGAAAGGUGCUAAGCCUACAUAAUAAAUCGAUCUGACCGAUUAAGACUUGGGUAAGAUAAAACUCUCCUUGAAUCAAAGACUUGACGAAAGCAGAGAGGAGAGAUAACUUGAUAACUUUAGCAAAUAUCAACAAUACUGGAAUGAUUAAGCGAAUAGAUUUAAUGGUAAAAGAAAUGAACUUAAUAAGAUCACAAAUCCUAAUCAUAGAGUAAACUUUCUAUAAUCAAAGAAGGAUAUUACAAUGCUUGAAAGGCUUGACUAUCAUACAGAGAAGAGAAAUGAAUAAGAUUUAUUAGAUGUAGCCUUUCCCAACGAUAUCAUAAAUGGUUAGAAUAAUUUUUACUGGAGUCUAAGGAAUUCCCCAGCUAAUAAGAAAAAGGAUGAAGUUGGUAAAUCCUUUCAAAGUAAAUCAAAUCAAUCAGAAGGGAAAAGAGUGAAUUUCUAAACUCAUGGCUAUGGGCCACUAAGCAAAGAAAUAGCCUACAAAAAAUUGCCAGACUAAAUACCGAUUGCAAUCAGUAAAACUAACCCAUACAAAGUUUGCAGGACAUAAUAGAAUAGUGUAGAGCGAUUUUAGAAUUUAAAUUCCAUGAAUAGUAAAGAGCAGCAGUCCAAUUAAAAUCUGAAUUAGACAUAUAAUCAUAAAGUGAAAUUAUUCAAAGAUUUUCCAGAGGUAUAAAGACUACUAAACAAGGAGAGAUAUCAUUUAGAUAAAGUAAAGACUUAUAAAAACUAUAGCGAGUUGAGUACUAUAUAUCUAGAAGGUAAAAACAAGCUUAUGACAGAGUUAGACGCUGCUUAGAAGCUAGAUGAAAGAUCUAGGAGAUUAAUGCUAAUUCCAGAGACUUUUUCUGGUACUCUAGGUACCUCAGAUGUGCUUAGAGGUGGUGAGAGAAUUGGUAGUAAUUUGAGUUAAUCACCAAAUAAGAAAAGAGAAGUAGGAUUCUCAUAAAUGCUGAUGAUCCAUGAAAAAGAUCAUGAUCCCAGACAAAGUAUGAUUAAAGAGGAACUUAUUGCCUCUGCCAGGAAAGCUAGAAAUCAUAUUUAAUAUUGA